UCAGUAGAUCCAUAUCCCCAACAAUAAAUAUAAAAGAAUAUAUAGAAAUACUACUACUCUAUUACUCGUUUGUUUCCAGGAGUGUGUAUUUUAACAGCUGCUUGACAACCAACUCUAGACCAACCAGUACCAUCCCUCCCUUCCUAGUUCCUCCUCCAGGUCUUUCCCUGUUUCUUGAAGCAAAUUUCUCACAAACCCUUUUCUCUAUCAAUUUCAUUUCUCUGAUUUUUGUUUAAAAAAAUAGAAAAAGAAAUUGCAAGAUUUCAUUUUCUCUGUGGUGUGUCAAAUCCCAAUUUGCAAGAAAAGCCUUUCAACAACUACUUUGCCUAAUGACAUUCCAACUAUUUCUUCCUCCUACUUGUUAUUAAGUAAAUUGAUGCCGAGGCCUUUGUCUUUGGUCUUGGGGCACUUAUGCGGUUAAUAAAGGAUUGAUCUUUCUGGGCCAUCCUAGGUUCCUCAGUUUUUUGUACUGAUUGUUUUUGGAGUCGCAGAUUUGAGUUGUGAAGAAAGAAAAAUGAGGAACUGGAGAUGGGGUUUAAUUGGGAUUGUUUUUCUUUCUUUUGUGAUCAGAACUGAAGCUUGGAAGUUUAGCAAGGCUCAACAUGAACACACUGAAAGAAUUUCAGGUAGUGCUGGUGAUGUCUUGGAAGAUGACCCAGUUGGAAGGUUAAAAGUUUUUGUCUAUGAGCUUCCCAGCAAAUACAACAAGAAGAUCCUGCAGAAGGAUCCCCGAUGCCUCACUCAUAUGUUUGCUGCUGAAAUAUAUAUGCAUCGUUUUCUUUUAUCAAGCCCUGUUCGAACCCUCAAUCCUGAGGAAGCUGAUUGGUUUUAUACCCCUGUCUACACAACCUGUGACCUGACUCCUAAUGGCCUCCCCUUACCCUUUAAAUCACCACGUAUGAUGAGGAGUGCAAUACAGCUUAUUUCUUCUAACUGGCCUUACUGGAAUAGAACUGAAGGUGCUGAUCACUUCUUUAUUGUGCCCCAUGAUUUUGGUGCUUGUUUCCACUAUCAAGAAGAAAAAGCCAUUGAAAGAGGGAUUCUCCCGUUGCUUCAGCGUGCUACGUUGGUCCAAACUUUUGGGCAACGAAAUCAUGUUUGCUUAAAGGAUGGUUCAAUCACCAUUCCUCCAUAUGCUCCUCCACAGAAGAUGCAAGCCCACUUGAUCCCUCCUAACACUCCUCGAUCAAUAUUUGUUUACUUCCGAGGGUUGUUCUAUGAUGUGGGAAAUGAUCCAGAAGGUGGCUACUAUGCAAGAGGUGCUCGAGCAUCUGUGUGGGAGAACUUCAAGGACAACCCUCUCUUUGACAUUUCGACCGAGCAUCCAACAACCUACUAUGAGGACAUGCAGCGAGCUAUUUUUUGUUUGUGCCCGUUGGGAUGGGCCCCAUGGAGUCCUAGAUUGGUUGAGGCUGUAAUAUUUGGUUGUAUCCCAGUAAUCAUAGCAGAUGAUAUUGUGUUGCCAUUUGCUGAUGCAAUACCAUGGGAAGAAAUUGGGGUCUUUGUAGCAGAGAAGGACGUCCCAAAGUUGGAUACAAUUCUCACUUCAAUCCCAACAGAAGUGAUACUGAGGAAGCAGAGAUUGCUUGCAAACCCUUCAAUGAAGCAGGCCAUGUUAUUUCCCCAACCGCCUCAAUCGCGUGAUGCUUUCCACCAGAUCUUAAACGGACUUGCUCGGAAGUUGCCACAUGACAGGAGCACUUUCUUGAAACCCGGCGAGAAAAUCUUAAACUGGACAGCAGGCCCUGUGGGUGACCUGAAACCUUGGUAGAUGGUUUGACACUGAUACUGGAAAUUAGUGUGGCAUUUCCUCCAACCUUGUUAGCACCCUUGUAGCUGUACUCACCUGCUGUUGUCAUACUGCAUUGUAGAUUUUGAUCUUGCAAAUGCACGAGAGGUUGCAUUUGUUUUUGAGCAGCACAUGUCGGAAUUUGACAAAUUUGGAUGUUGCAGACCACAAACAACUCCCAAAUUAAUAGGGAAUCAAGUACAGAUGUGUUUAUUCUUGAUUUUUUUUU